UGGCUGUAAUUCUAUUCAUGUUUCUUCUCAGUGUUGUUUCACAGAGCUUAGUGUACAUGAUGCCACCUACAGUUGGUCUCUCUUUGAGUUCAGAGAGUGACAAGCUGGCUUUACUUGCUUUGAAGCAUAAGCUUACCAAUGGAGUCGCCAAUGCUCUUCCAUCAUGGAACAACUCUCUGCAUUUCUGUGAGUGGCAGGGUGUUACAUGCGGACAUCGCCAUAUGAGAGUCUCUGUCUUGCACUUGCAAAAUCAAAACUGGGGUGGCACUCUUGGACCAUCUUUGGGAAAUCUAACCUUCCUCACAACCCUCAUUCUUUCCAACAUCAACUUGUAUGGGGAAAUUCCCGCACAAAUUGGUCGAUUAAAGAGGUUGCAGGUUCUUGACUUGAGCCACAACAGUCUAAAUGGUCAGAUUCCUGUACACCUUUCUAACUGCUCUAAACUUGAGGUCAUUAACUUGUUGUACAACAAACUCAAUGGAAAACUUCCCUCCUGGUUCGGACUUGGAUCCAUGACACGGCUUAAUAAGUUGCUUCUUGGUGCCAAUGAUCUAGUCGGUACUGUCCCACCUUCCUUGGGAAAUCUUUCAUCGCUCCAAAAUAUCACAGUGGCAAGAAAUCAUUUGGUGGGAAGUAUACCACAUGUUUUGGGCCGAUUAUCAAAUUUGAAGGAGCUGAAUCUUGGUUUAAAUAAUUUGUCAGGAGUAGUGCCUGAUUCUCUUUAUAACCUUUCCAAUAUUCAAACUUUUGUUCUCGGGGUAAACCGGUUAUCUGGUACUCUUCCAUCAAAAAUGCAACUUGCUUUUCCAAACCUUAGAGCAUUCUUUGUUGGAGAUAACCAGUUGAAUGGAGCUUUCCCGUCUUCAAUAUCCAACAUCACCGGAUUGCAAGCGUUUGAUAUCUCCUUAAAUGGUUUCAGUGGGCCAAUUCCUCCCACUUUGGGAAGCUUAAACAAACUCGAGACGUUUAGCAUUUUUGAUAAUAGAUUUGGAAGUGGGAGCGCUCAAGAUUUAGAUUUCCUUUCCUCUUUAACCAAUUGUACUCAAUUGAAGAUACUUCUUUUGGGUUGGAAUGAAUUUGGCGGUGUGUUGCCAGAUCUUAUUGGCAAUUUUUCUACCAAUCUCACUUCGCUCAGUAUGGAGUGUAAUCAAAUAACUGGAAUGAUACCUGAAGGAAUUGGACGGCUAAUCGGUUUAACUAACCUCGUCCUGAUUAAUAAUUAUCUUGAGGGGAGCGUUCCAGAUUCGAUUGGAACGCUUAAAAUUCUAGUACGAUUGGCCCUGCAAAACAAUAAACUGUCUGGUCAUAUUCCUACCGCCAUUGGCAAUCUUACUAUGUUGUCUGAACUUUAUCUGCACACCAAUAAAUUCGAAGGAAGCAUUCCAUUAAGCCUCAAACACUGCACACGCAUGCAGUCAUUUGGUGUUUCCACCAACAACUUGAGUGGAGAUAUCCCUGAUCAAAUAUUUGGCAAUCUAAAAGGUUUGAUAAAUCUUGACUUAUCAAACAACUCUUUCACCGGUUCCAUUCCUUUAGAGAUUGGAAACUUGACGCACCUUUCCGUACUAUAUCUAAACGAAAACAAGUUGUCUGGUGAAAUUCCUGCCAAACUUGCUGCUUGUUCCGCAUUAACAGAACUCAUGUUGCAGAUAAACUUUUUCCGAGGAAGCAUACCUUCGUUCUUUGGCUCUUUAGGAUCCCUGGAAAUCCUAGACCUUUCUAACAACAACUUCUCAAGUGUAAUCCCUGCUGAACUACAAAAUCUGACUUUUUUGUAUACUUUGAACUUGUCUUUUAACCAUCUUUAUGGUGAGGUUCCUAUAGGAGGAGUCUUUAAUAAUGUUACAGUAAUUUCACUCAUUGGAAAUAAGGAUCUCUGUGGUGGGAUACCUCAAUUGAACCUUCCUGCAUGCUCUAAGUUGCCCUCAAAGAAACGCAAGUGGACGUGUAGAAAGAAACUCAUCCUCAUCAUUGCAAUUGAAGUUGGAGUGUAUUUGGUUGCUUUGACAGUGUUUAUCAGCAUCUAUUUGUUCAGGAAAAGGCCCAAAACACCAUCGACUUCAUGUUCUCCUAAAAAUGAGUACGUAAAGGUUUCUUAUGGAGAUCUGCAUAAAGCAACCAAUGGAUUUUCUUCAUCCAAUUUGGUAGGGUCUGGAGGCUUUGGUUCUGUAUAUAAUGGAUAUCUUCUCCCUUUCGAAACACCUGUUGCUGUGAAGGUAUUGAAUCUUGAAACAGUUGGGGCGUCAAAGAGCUUCGCAGCUGAGUGCAAGGCUCUAGGAAGGAUCAUGCAUCGGAAUCUUGUCAACAUCUUGACUUGUUGUUCAAGCAUUGAUUAUAACGGUAAAGAUUUCAAGGCUAUAGUUCUCGAGUUCAUGCCUAAUGGCAGUCUAGAAAAG